UUACAGAUGGCUUUGUUUACAUCCCAAAUAUCGAACCAUUUUUUAUCAAACAAUUGAGCAACUCUUUUAUGGUAGUGGUCCGAUGGCAAUAUGUGAACGACAUUAUAUUGCAUUAAUGGCUGCAAGUAGACAUCGAUGUCAUUUCUUGAUGGAUUUACAUGGACGAGAAUUUGAACGUACCGGUGGAAAGCAUGAAUGGUUAAAUGGUUUAUCAUAUGCUUCGGAAAAGAUUCAAAAUCUUGAUGUAUUAAACGCUGUCUUAGCUCAUCAACCGUGGUCAGCUAAUGUUGACCAUUUGACCAUGCUUACAAAAUGUUGUUCGCCAACAAAUUGGUGUUUAUCCGAAUUAGUUCAAGCAUCAGUCAUACUAGCACAAACUCAUGUAUUAUGCUCAUUUGUCCUGGGAAAUGGUACCGUACAUCCAAAUGGACAUACAGUUUCAUGCAAAAUGAUGAUAAAGGACGAACAAAAGAAUGGUAGUGGUAGUAGUAGUAAUGGUGAAAUUGAAUUAUUAUUGGAAUAUAUGAAUCAAUUAAAAAAAUCAAAUUUAAAUAAUGAUAUGAAGCAAAAAGGUGAAAUGAAAAUGGAAAAGGAUUUUUUGGAAGUGCAAAACGAUUGUGAUGAUAUCAAAUCAACAAAUUCUGGAAUAAAGGAUGAGAAAAUUUCAUUAUCAGCAAAUAAAUCGAAAGGUAAUUGCAUGGAAAACAAUUAUCAUGAUACUUUAUCAUUAUAUACGUUUAAUGAAUGUUUCGAUUAUGUUGAUUUUAUGCAAUGUGCUCAAGGUGGUUUCGCUCGAACUCACAAAAUUCAUGAAUUUUCAUGGGAAGAUCAAGGCUAUAGCUGUGUUGAUGAAUUAUAUAAUGAGAUGGCGGAUAUUUUGGAUAAAAAAAUAACACUUAUUCAAAAUCUUACCUAUUCCACGAUGGGUGCUUACAGUGACGUUGAUACAAGUAAAUAUCGAAAUGCGAUUUGGAUGUACAUUCAAUCAUUAUACGGUAUUCGCCAUGAUGACUAUAACUAUGCUGAAGUGAAUGUAAUGUUAGAUCGUAAAAUGAAAACAUUUAUCAAGAUGACAUGUUGUCAUCCGCAUGAAAUAACAGAUUCAUUACGACAGUCUGUGAUGAUCGAUUUUAAAUCUUCUGAAAAGGUACACGUAUUACUGAUAAUGAUGGAAGCGCGUCUUCAAGCCGAAUUGAUAUAUUUCUUUCGUGCUCUUGUCAAAUUGAAUAAUUCAUCAACAGUUGCUUAGCCAUCAUAUUAUUCCAUAUCUUAUCAUAUUCGCAAAAUUUUGAAAUUUUAUUCAUUUUGUUUAGUUGUCAUAAAAAUUUCAAUUAUUUUUUGUUUUGCAAAUAC